GGCGAGAUCACAGAGGUGACCUCUAAUUUGUAUUGCAUAGUGUACAUAAACUAAUACCGUGAGAGGUAGGCUACCGCAGGCUAUACAACACCGCAGGACGAUUUGCUCUUGAAUGUCACCUAGUUCUCAUCGGCAACUUCCGGCAAACAUCGCAAGGUUUCGACGACAUCGGUAUGAAAUGGCAGAAACUGCCUCUGUGUCACGGACUCAAAGAUUAGACUACGUAGUACACAUGUAUUUUGCAGACCCAGGCCUGCCAGUGGAAGGAAACGCAGUGGAUUCAGAGGUUGUCCUACUAAGCAAAAAAUAAUAUAAUAUCUUCAAACAUUCUGCUGUAUAUUUCAACGGAAGACCAGAAACCGUGGUUUGACAGUUUUGGAAUUUCUAACGCGUUCUUUUGGAGUAGGGUCUUGAGACAGAAGUCCCACUUGGAUGCCCAAAACACACACUUUGUCCAGAUUUCAUCAUGAAUCGGAAUAAGCGUGAAAAGGAGUAUUACAGUUUAGAUGUCGGGGAUUCCACUUUUACGGUUUUGAAGCGCUACCAGAAUUUAAGACCCAUAGGCUCCGGAGCACAAGGGAUUGUCUGCUCAGCGUAUGACCACAACCUUGAACGAAAUGUGGCAAUUAAAAAACUCAGCCGGCCUUUCCAGAACCAGACCCAUGCCAAAAGAGCUUACAGAGAACUGGUGCUCAUGAAAUGUGUCAACCAUAAGAACAUCAUUGGCCUAUUAAAUGUAUUCACGCCACAGAAGACGCUGGAAGAAUUUCAAGAUGUGUAUAUUGUGAUGGAGCUGAUGGAUGCCAACCUGUGCCAGGUGAUUCAGAUGGAGCUGGACCACGAGCGGCUGUCCUAUCUGCUCUACCAGAUGCUGUGUGGCAUCAAGCACCUUCACGCCGCGGGCAUCAUACACAGGGAUCUGAAACCCAGCAACAUUGUGGUAAAGUCUGACUGCACGCUGAAGAUCCUGGACUUUGGAUUGGCCAGGACAGCGGCCACGGGACUCCUGAUGACCCCGUACGUGGUGACCCGCUACUACCGCGCCCCUGAAGUCAUAUUGGGCAUGGGUUACCAGGCCAACGUGGAUAUAUGGGCUGUGGGCUGCAUUAUGGCAGAAAUGGUUCGCCACAAAAUCCUUUUUCCAGGAAGGGAUUAUAUUGAUCAGUGGAACAAGGUGAUCGAGCAGCUGGGGACUCCAAGUCAGGAGUUCCUGAUGAAGCUCAACCAGUCAGUGAGGACUUACGUGGAAAACAGACCCCGCUAUGCCGGCUAUACCUUCGAGAAGCUCUUCCCCGACGUCCUCUUCCCAGCCGACUCAGAGCACAACAAACUGAAAGCAAGUCAAGCCAGAGACCUAUUAUCGAAGAUGCUGGUAAUAGAUGCAUCCAAACGGAUCUCUGUGAGCGAGGCUCUCCAGCACCCCUACAUCAACGUGUGGUAUGAUCCAACUGAAGUGGAGGCGCCCCCACCACUGAUCACAGACAAGCAGCUGGAUGAGAGGGAGCACACAGUGGAGGAGUGGAAAGAUUUGAUAUACAUGGAGGUUCAGGACUGGGAGGAGAGAACGAAGAAUGGAGUGAUCCGGGGACAGCCAGCGUCUUUAGGUGCAGCAGUGAGCAGCAGCUUCCAGCAGCACCCUUCUGCGUCGUCCUCGUCCGCCAACGAUGUGUCCUCCAUGUCCACCGAUCCCACCCUGGCCUCGGACACAGACAGCAGCCUGGAGACGGCCUCUAACACGGACCCACUGGGCUGCUGCAGAUGACCAUCACCCUGCCCUGGUCCCUGUCCCACCAGUCCCUCCGCUUGUCUUCAAUGGUGUAGAGUUUAGGCCAGUUUCGAUGUUUGUUUGUUUGUAAAAAAAAACAAAAAAAAAAAAAAAAAAAAAAAUCCUUAAAGUACUACUACAGAGUCAUUUUUAUUACAUUUUAUUAAUAUUUUUUAGUCCAGGCUGUAAUAUCAAUUUAUUUUUAACCUAGGAACUUUAUGAUUUCACUACGCUGCAGUUUUGGCCAAUGGUGAUAGUUUGAGAACGUCUCUAAAAGAGUUUUACAUGCUUUAAUUUUGUAUCUUUUUUAAAAAUUUCAUCUACUUCUAUUUAAGCUACUGCUGUUUCAACUGGCCAUAUCAAUGUAGAAUGAGUUUGUACAGAUUUUAUGGUGAAUAUAUUUUUUCCAAAUUUAGUUUGCAGUGAGCCAUUCUAACCAUAAUUUAAUUGAUACAUUUAUGAUUUUAGUACUCCCCUUCUGAAUAGUACUAUUUCUUUGUCUAUUCUAAUCUCUUUCAUAUAGAAUAUUGUUUCAUGCAUAUCCAUUGGGUUGGAUUUUGAGAUAUACUUUAGAUUUAUUUGUAAAAAAAAAACAAACAAAAAAACAGUUUUCCUCGUGAGUCACUACCUCCUUGAAAAAACAAAACAGUUUAUCAAACCGCUUUCUUUUUUUCUUUUCUCAUUAGUUUAGUCUUAAAAUAUCUCAAAAUGCUGUUAGAUUCCUGAACCAUUUUCUCUUUUGGUAAGAGAAGACAUUUAGUAUUUCUUUUUAUUUUUGUCUGAAUUUUCUUUUCCAAUGUUAUGGGUGUUACAGUAUAUGACGAGUAUAUGAGGAGCUUUUGAUCAUUUUCUUUGUUUGUCAGUGCUGAAGGCACUGCUUCCUCUGCACUGGUCAGUUAUUCUCCAGUGAUUAUUUUCUACAGCCCCACUGUCAAAGAAAGAGUAAACCUAUGUUGAACGCUAGGACUGAGAAACGUGGCAGUGUGCCGAAGAGCUUUGUGAGAAAUAGGAUGUUACUAGUUAGAAUACAUGACUUGGAGACGGUUGAAGGUAUAUGAAGAAUGUGUUUCGAUUGAGUCCAACACAGGGACGUAAAGAGAGGGCUUGUGUAUGUGAUGUUGGUUGUCUUUGGAGGGAUGGACAUUCUGCCGGCUUAAAGCGCAGAAACAAACUAUUUAAAGAAACAAGGUUCCUAAUCUGUGCUCAUGUUAUUCAUGUAAUAUAAGUGUGCAGGCAGUUUGCAGAAAUUUCAAAUUGGAAAAUGAGUGUACAAUACGUAAGUAAUUUGUAAGUCGCUCUGGAUAAGAGCGUCUGCUAAAUGACUUAAAUGUAAAUGUAAUAAGCUGGAUCUCAGAGAAGAUAAUUGGCUGAACCCUUUGCAGAACUUGUACGUAUGCAUGCACUAAAUAAAUGUCACCCUAUGCUUAGUACAUCACACACUAGCUACAGAACCACCUCAAAACCCAAGUGAAUCAGUGAUUCUGAACUGUAUGCAAUAAUGGUGUCCUUAGUGUUUUAAAAAAUGUUUUAAUUUAGCUUUUAAAAGGAAAAAGUGCCUGUAGUUUGUCAAGCAUUCAUUCCUGAGUAUCUCGGAAGAGGAUGAGUGGUCCUGUUGUGUCGAGGUCAAUAACGGUUCCUGAUAAUGACUACAGUAGUUUCCACAAAUAAGUCAAUCACAUUUGAGGCGGUUAUCGUUAAUGUAUUGUACAUUUUCUUGGAAUUGGUAAGUCUCCAACUUUACGGUCAAUGUUCUGUCAAGAGGAUGAUGUAUGCUUCUGAUUAUUUUAGCUCAUACAUUUGAACAUUUUUCAAAAAGGGGGCAGUUUUAUCAAAGUAGGUCUUUCAUCAAAGUAAAAUACGUUUUAAAAAAUUACAAUGACUGGUAGGUGCGUAUGGUUUGCGGCUUUACUUUGCAUAAUGAGAAUGUGCUUGAUGAUUUUAGGAGGGAAAUUAUCAUACUGUUUUGCCUCAUUUCCUCAAUAUUAAGCCAAAUGUAUUUGCGCUGAAUGGUGGCUGUGGCAGUGUAGCUGUUAUGCUAAAUUAUGGAGUUUCAGAAUGUAAAAUACCAUGUAGUGUGUUGUUGAAUGGUCGAAGGGGAAGGUAUGCAGAAUAACAGCCAAUCACAUGUAACCAUUAUUAUAGUAGCUGUGUUUAUAAUUCAUAAUUAUGAUGACUUUUUUUGUUAUUUUAAGUGCUCUUCUGUUUCUUAACCCAGCAUUAUUAGGGACACAUUCAGAAUUGUUUGACUUUCUGUGGCUUUUUGCUUUUCUAUCACAUCUCUGAAAAUUGUAAUUGUGAUUUUUAAGUAGGCUUUGAUGAACUACCUCACACUCAAUUUCUACAAGUUCUAGGAUACCUAGUUGCCCACAUGAUUAGCUAUCGAAGACAUGUGAAUACAGAUUCCGUUAUUUAUUUAUUUGAAAGUGUAAUAUUGUCAAUGUUAGGAAACUUCUAGUUGUGUACGGUGUGUACUUCACCUAGAUGUAAAGAGAAUUGUUUAUGUAAAUGUCACCCCCCCCUUUUUCCCUCUUGUUUUUACAGUUCAUGUGCAAUACCUUCUGCAAAUUAUGCUAGUAGUAAACUAAGUGAUGGAUCUAGCCUGUUACUUUGUAUUUUUCUGAAGGUAGAGAAAUGUUUGGUACUGUCAAUCCAUGUUUUCCUUUUUUAUGAAUUAGGAUGAUUCCUUGUGACUUUUAAUCUAUGAUGUUACGUAAUCAGUCCUAAACCAGUCCUUAAUCUAUGGCCAGAGGCGGUUAUAUCAUACAUGGCCAAUAGAUUUUGAUUGGGAUAAGGCCAAAUAAUGAUAAAGGAAAAAAUGUUAAAGAUAAGUAAUGCCUAAAAACAAACUCAUAUAUAUGGUGCUGGUUUGUUAUGCAACUAGUUAAACAUUUCUGGCUCUGCAUCCUGACCGCAGCCAAUGAAAAGUACACUACUGGAAUAAAAACACUGGGAUCUGAUGAUGCCAACUUAAAAAACAAACAUGUACUGCAAAUAAAAGAAACAAUUUGAAUCGUG